ACUUUGUCUUUUUCCUCCACUGUACAGGUUGCAUCUUCUUUUACUUAUUUUAGUCUUGUAAAAAAAAAAACCUCGUGCUUCUGCAUUAUUAGCCUAUUUUAUUUGCCUUAAACGUAACAAUGCUGUCCAAUCGCUCACCUCUUAAAGUAAAGAAUGAAAAUGUUGUUUCUACUAAACUAACCAGCUUGUCUCUGAGAGAUAAAGAAAACACGCCACCAAGUUUGAACUCGACACGAGUUCUGGCCUCAAAAACGGCGCGUAAAAUCUUCGAGGAUUCUGAGCAGAAGCCAAAAGCCAACAAUGUUCAUCUAGAGGAAGAGCCUCUCCUGAAGGAAAAUCCACGUCGCUUUGUCAUCUUCCCUAUUCAGUACCAUGACAUCUGGCAGAUGUACAAGAAAGCUGAGGCCUCUUUCUGGACAGCUGAAGAGGUUGAUCUUUCCAAAGACCUCCAUCACUGGGAGUCCUUAAAGGACGAGGAACGGUAUUUCAUUUCUCAUGUGUUGGCGUUCUUUGCUGCAAGUGAUGGCAUCGUCAAUGAAAAUCUCGUGGAGCGCUUCACUCAGGAAGUCCAAGUGACUGAGGCACGCUGUUUUUAUGGGUUCCAAAUUGCCAUGGAGAACAUUCAUUCUGAGAUGUACAGCCUACUUAUUGACACGUACAUCAAAGAUCCAAAAGAGAGGGAGUAUCUCUUCAAUGCCAUUGAAACUCUUCCUUGUGUGAAGAAGAAGGCUGACUGGGCCAUCAAUUGGAUUGGCAACAAAGAUGCACAGUAUGGUGAGAGAGUGGUGGCUUUUGCUGCUGUUGAGGGAAUCUUCUUCUCUGGUUCUUUUGCUGCAAUUUUCUGGCUAAAGAAGAGGGGCCUUAUGCCAGGGCUCACCUUCUCCAAUGAACUCAUCAGCAGAGAUGAGGGACUUCACUGUGACUUUGCCUGUCUAAUGUUCAAGCACUUGGUGAACAAACCUUCAGAAGCAACGGUCAAGAAAAUCAUUAUGAAUGCAGUUCAGAUUGAGCAGGAGUUCCUGACCCAGGCUCUGCCAGUUAAACUGAUUGGUAUGAACUGUGAGUUGAUGAAGCAGUACAUUGAAUUUGUGGCUGACAGGCUGAUGUUGGAGUUGGGCUUCAAAAAGAUCUAUAGAGUAGAGAAUCCAUUUGACUUCAUGGAGAACAUUUCCUUGGAGGGAAAGACCAACUUCUUUGAGAAGCGAGUGGGAGAGUACCAGCGCAUGGGAGUUAUGUCUGGGCCCACAGACAACACCUUCCGGCUUGAUGCUGACUUCUAAACUGAGUAAAUGGACACUUGUAAACAUUAACUUGAAGAGGCCAUGGUCCCUUGGUUGCCUCCAUAUUUUGCCUGCUAUAGUGUUACUCAGCAGGACUUGAAAAUGGUGCAAAAAUGUAAUGUAUAUUGCUGUAAGAUUUAAUUUUAGAAUAUGUACCUCAAUGCAGCUAACUUUUUUUUUUUUUCUUUUAAUUGUACAUGGUUUGUUUUCUGCAAGGCAGAGCAGAUGGGAAGGGUUUAUUUAUAGCUUGCAUAAACGCCAUGCUACUGCUUUGAUGUACAAACUGCUUCUGCUUUCCCUUAAACCCCAGUCCUGUUCCCUUGCCUGAAUGCUGAUGCGAAUGUAAAUAAAACUUCUGAUGGAAUAGAA